CCACCCAGUGACACACCCAGUGUGCGUGUGUGUGUGUGUGUGUGUGUGUGUGUGUGUGUGUGUGUGUGUGUGAGAGAGAGAGAGAGAGAGAGUGUGUGCGUGCGCAGGCAAAUCAGUGGCACACACACUUCCUGCUUCAGCUUCCUCACCCUCGCAAGCUUGACAUAAUGAGUUACCCUGGAUACCCUGGUUACCCACCACAGGGUGGUGGUUACCCUCCCCAACAGCAGGGCGGGUAUCCUGGGUACCCCCCUCAGGCUGGGGGUUUCCCAGCAGGGGGUGGAUUCCCUCCACAACAGCCGGGUGGGUAUCCAGGUUACCCCCCUCAGGGAGGUGGUUACCCCGCGUACCCCGGAUACCCUCAGGACCAGUCCGCAGGUUACCCCGCCAUGCCCCAAGGUGGAUGGGGAGGUCAACCUGGGUUUGGAGCUCCGGGAGGAGGGAUGCCACAGGGGUAUCCUGGAGGGCCGGCGCCGGGGCAACAACCCAUGCCGACUUACCCCGGAGGUGUACCUGCCCCAACCCCCUCAUUUCCGAACAUGCCUGGCUUUGGAGGACCAGGAGCUCCAGCUGGACCUGCAGGACCAGGGGCACCUGUAGUACCUCCUAUUAACCGUGGCUUUCGUGGCACCAUAAAGGACGCCCCUGGUGCUGACCCUCUCCGAGAUGUUGAGGUUCUCCGCAAAGCCAUGAAGGGCUUCGGCACUGAUGAGAACGCCAUCAUCGAGUUACUAGGGAACCGCUCCAGUAGGCAGCGUGUGCCACUGGUUAAGGCUUACAAGACCACUUAUGGGAAGGAUCUGAUCCAUGAUAUAAAGUCGGAGAUAUCAGGGAACUUUGAGAAUCUUGUGGUGGCCAUGUUGAAGAGCCCAACUGCGUACGACGCCUCCGAGCUCCGCGAGGCCAUAUCGGGUGCAGGGACAGAUGAACCAUGUCUGAUUGAGAUUCUGUCGUCUCGCACUAACGCCGAGAUUCAAGAGAUCAACCGCAUUUAUAAAGCAGAGUACAGCAAAUCUCUGGAGGACGCCAUCAUCCAUGACACCUCGGGUCACUUCCGCAGGCUGCUGGUUUCUCUCAGCCAGGGGAACCGUGAUGAGAGAGAGACCGUGGACGUUUCUUUGGCCAAGCAGGAUGCUCAGGCACUCUACACUGCAGGAGAGAAGAAACUCGGGACGGAUGAGUCUCAGUUCAAUGCCAUUCUGUGUGCACGCAGCAAACCACACCUGCGACAAGUGUUUCAUGAGUACCAGCAGAUGUGUGGGAAGGAUAUUGAGAAGAGCAUCUGCAGUGAGAUGCACGGAGAUCUGGAGAAUGGCAUGCUGGCAGUGGUGAAGUGUAUCAAGAACACGCCUGGCUUCUUCGCUGAGAGACUCCACAAGGCUAUGAAGGGGGCGGGCACUAAGGAUCGUACUCUGAUCCGCAUCAUGGUGAGUCGCUCUGAGAUCGACAUGUUGGACAUUAGACAGGAAUAUCUGCGCAACUACGGCAAAUCCCUUUACAACGACAUCUCAAGCGACACAUCUGGUGACUACAAGAAGCUGCUGCUGAAGCUGUGUGGAGGAAGUGAUUAAGAGGACACACACACCGACACACACACCGACACACACACCGACACACACACCGACACACACACUGACACUGACACACACACCGACACACACACUGACACUGACACACACACCGACACACACACCGACACACACACCGACACACACACUGACACCGACACACACACCGACACACAGUCAUACUCACACUGGUGCUCCUGCAGCCUGGCGUGUGCGUGAGCUGCAUUAGUGUGUGUGUGUGUGUGUGUGUGUGUGUGUGUGUGAAAACCUGUGGCAGAUUUCUACACAGAGUUUAUUCUACAUUUAUAUCAGCUUAGUGAGUCGUGUUACACAGGAAGUACAAUCAUUAUGGCCUUAUAGAGUGUGUAUGUGCCUUUAUAAACAUAUAUAAACUACACAUCAUUUUAUACAUGUAUGUGUGUGUAUCUGUGUGUGUGUGUGUGUGUGUGGAACUAACAAUCACAAUAAAGUCUGAUGUAGGAACAUUAAUGUGUACAUUCAUUACUGAACUUACGCUGCAUUUAUACCUCUCUAUCUGUCCGUCUAUCCCUCCUUCUUUCUGUCUGCCUGUCCAUCUGUCUUUCCAUGUAUCAUUUUUUUGUCUUUCUAUCAUUCUCUCUGUCUUUCAACCUGUUUUUCUGUCAUUCUCUCUGUCUUUUUCUCUGCCUGUCUUUCUCGGUGUCUUUCUUUGCACCUUUCUUUCUAUCGUUAGGUCUGAGUCUCCAUCUGCUUUUUUUUUUCCAUCUCUCUUUUAUUCCAUCUGUCUUUUCAUCAGUUUCUCUGUCUGCCUGUCUUUCUCUCCAUCUGUCUCCCCAUCUGUCUGUCUGUCUGUCUGUAUCAGUCUCGUUAUAUAGAGUACUGUGAAGAAGAUGUUAGAAAUGAAACUAAACAGUUCUCCACGUAAUAAAGUGAUUAUAAAGAUGAUUAAACUGAUAAACUGGAAUAAA